AUUGUUAUUGGGUUCACGCAGAACGCUCUCACGCCAACGUCGUGCCCGAGAUUGCUUGGACAUGUUUCGCCUUGUGGUGGUUCUUAUCAUUGGCUCGUGGCUGACGUGGUGGCAGCAGCCGGUGGACAUUGCCAAUAGUCCUUCUCCAGCAGUCGUUGCCAACUCGACACCUGUCGUCUUUUACAGCGGCUUCAACUACACGGGGGAGGCCACUUCUGUCACCACGGAUCUUGGCGAUGACUCUGCACGAACGUGGUUGAAUCGAGUUCGAUCGAUUCGACUGGCGCCAACCGUCUCCCUAGUCGGAUGCGCAAGUGUUAACUUGACAGGUUUGUGCCGUGUGUGGAACUCGAGCCAGCCCACGUUGGGCUGGUUUGCCCGUGGCCUUCAGUCCUUUUCCAUUGAAAACACAACAAGGGCAAAGCCUGCGUUGGACUUGUCCCCGGCAGUCAUAGUUCUGUACGACGAGCGAAAUUACGACGGGGUUGCCACACCGUUGGGUUUAAGCGCUACCAAUCCCAACACGGCCCAGGUGUCGUCGUCGAUCCAAUCUAUUCGAAUCGUAUCACCGGGGGUAGAGUUGGUUGGGUUUGAAGGCGUCAAUUGCACCGGCCGCCGCCACGUGUGGACAGGUGACGCGCCAGAGUUGGGCGAUCUCGAUAUUAUGUCAUACCGAGUGAAUGCAAUUGCUGCUCCUAUCACGCUCGUGACGAUUGGGGACUCCAUCACUUUGUUUGGGAGCAUCGUCGACGACUCGGGGUGGGUGUGGAUGUUGGAGCAAGACUACAAACCGUCCAACGGCAAAGUCGUGAACCGGGGCAUCGGGGGCUGGACCAGUCGGCGGUGGGCCCCCCAUCUCGCCCACGACAUCCUCGAAUGGGGGGGGGCUCCUACUCCCCCCGAUCUUGUGACCAUUUGCUUGGGCGCGAACGACGCCGUGCUGCCAGCGCUGGACCCGGGCCUGCAGCACGUCGACGUACACGAGUACGUAGCGUACUUGGACCAAAUGGUGGCGCAUCUGCACAGUACGUUCCCGUCCUGCAAGGUCCUGCUCAUAACGCCGCCCGCCGUAAACAAUGCAUUGACGUUCGAAGCGGCGCAACCAACAGCAGGAAGUCUGCGUGAAAACAACGAAACGGGGCGGUAUGCGGCCGCUAUGGUGGCGCUGGGCUUGAAGCUUGAUGUACCAGUGGUAAACAUUUGGAAUGCCACGCAAGGCCAAAUGUACCUGUUUAGCGACGGAUUGCAUUUCAGCAUUGCCGGAAAUCAACUCAUGCACCAGCUUGUGCUCGAGUCGAUCAAGACCAACUUUCCAACCUUGGCCCCGUGAUACAUACAGUACACUAGGUUGAUGAAACCAUCCAUAGUUUAGAAGGAUGGAGCUGAUUUCAAUGGGGACACCAUAGUCAUUGCGAUAUACCAACAUGUGUGAUGGUGUCCUAUUUGUGCGAGGCGUAGUAGUGAAAUAAAAAAGAGUUUUUUUCCCUCGAG